AUGGCUAUCCAAGGUGCGCUUCUACAACACCAGCAUGCUUGUGGUCGUCUUGAUUUAGUGGCACGUGUUUUUGAAUUGAAAAGGAAGGCGCUUAUGGAUGAGAUAACGAAUAAGAAUGUUUUCGGGAAAGUCGUAGCUCAUGUACACACCAUAGAAUUCCAGAAACGAGGGCUACUACAUAUACAUCUGCUGAUAUUUUUAGAAAAAUCAGAGAAAAUCCGUACGGUUGAACAGGUUGAUAAAUAUGUAUCAGCGGAGUUCCCAGAUGAGAAUGAAGAUCUAAUUCUCUUUGAUACAGUAACAAAGUGCAUGGUUCACGUACCAUGUGGAGUAAGAGCAGUAAAAUACAUCAACAAGUACAUCUAUAAAGGGUAUGACAAAACAACAGUUGCCGUUGGAGCAAAAGAUGAAGUGCAAAUGUACAUUCACGCAAGGUAUAUUGGACCUCCUGAAGCUGCAUGGCAUUUAUUUGGUUAUUCAAUGCAUAGAGAAGAACCAAAUGUCGUAAGAUUGGCAAUCCAUUUUCCAGGGAAGCAAAGAAUUAUCUAUGAAUCAGAAGGAAGCAUAGAAGGUUUCACGGAUAAGGCUGAGAACUAUAAGUCAACAUUAAUGAGUUAUUUUGAAUUUUAUGCUGAAAAUCCAACAGCACCCGCGUAUACGUAUCAAGAGUUCCGCAGCACUUUGUCUGGAGUGAUAAAAAGUGGAAAAUCAUACAACGGGGUUUUACAAUUGCUAGAAUGUACUUUUGUAUCCCCCAAUGCUGAAGAACUUCUAAGAACGGUGAACGGUGAAUUGUGCCAUACAUUCAAGAAAGCGUGCAUAGCACUUGGGUUACUAAAACAUGACGGAGAAUGGAUAGCACUUCUUGAAGAGGCUGUGGAUAUCCAGACAGGCAGUCAGUUAAGAAAGCUAUUCAAAAUCGUCUUAUCUGAUUGUAACCUAACGGAACCAGAACUUCUGUGGGCCAAGUUUGGUUUGAAAAUGUGUGAUGAUCUCCCUCAUAGAUUGCGAACAAUGUUCGGAAUUCAAAAUCCGAGGGACGAACGGGUUUUGGAUUAUGGAUUGUAUUGCUCACUACUUUUAGUCGGGGGCAGAACUGCACAUUCAACUUUUAGAAUUCCAAUAGAGAUCAACGAAAGAAGUCAUAUAUUCUGUGUAGAAUCAGUUAAUAAAUUACUUAAAGAUAUAUGUGAAAAUGACUUACAAUUUGGAGGUGUUACCGUUGUUAUGGGGGGAGACUUCCGUCAAACUUUUCCAGUUAUUCCAAAUGGAGGUCGUGCAGAUGUAGUAGGAGCAUGCAUUAGAAGUUCUGUUAUCUGGAAAAAUAUCAAAGUUUUGACACUUACAAAGAAUAUGCGCCUAGAUCAAUGCGAUCAAGAAAACACAGAUUUCGCAGAUUUCUUACUAGAGGUUGGGUCAAAACCAGAAGAAAAAAUAGGACUCCCUUCAUCUGUAAAUAGAUGCAAAGACAUGAAAGAGUUGAUAUCCAAACUGUAUCCUUCAUUAGGUACAUGUAACCAGGUAUCACCCGAAGAGUUAACUGAGAGGAUCAUUUUAUCAGCACGUAAUGAUGAUGUUAACGAUAUUAACAUGGAAGUGCUAAACAUUUUGGAUGGAGAUACAUACACUUAUUUAGAUGCGGAUAGAUUGAAUCCAGAUGAGAGUGGAAAAAUCCCACAUUACAGCAGCGAAUUCCUACAGAACCUGAAUCCACCAGGAAUGCCUCUAUUCAAGUUAACUCUUAAAAUUGGAUGUCCAGUUAUUCUGAUGAGAAAUCUAUCCUCAUCAGAGGGUCUUUGCAAUGGUACUAGAUUAUUGGUUACUAAAUGUGGUAGGCAUGUAAUUCAAGCCAAAAUUAUAACCGGACACAAAGCAGGGGACACAGUAUUGCUACCAAGAAUAUCAUUUCAACCAUCGGUCUCAAAAUUAAAUGUAAACAUGUCGAGGCGUCAGUUUCCAGUUCGAGUAGCUUAUACAAUGGCAAUCAAUAAAUCACAGGGACUGUCUGUAAAGUAUGUUGGGAUCGACCUAAAAACUCCUGUUUUCAGCCAUGGCCAACUUUACGUGGCUUUAUCGAGAUGCACUGCCGCCAAAAGAAUAACAGUACUCCUUGAAGAAGAUACUGAGAAACUAGAAACAACAAACAUUGACAAACCACAGACUUCAUCGGGAAUAAAUCGUAUUAUAUCGGCAAAAAUACCUGAAAAAAAAGAGGAUCCAGAUGGGCAUAAAGGUGUUGUUCAGUUCAUGUUGCAUGGACCUUGCGUAAUUAACAAACUAGACCAGAAAUACAUGAGAGACAACAAGUGUUCGAAACACUAUCCAAAGGCUUUCAACAUCCAGACUACGUCGUAUGUGAAUGGGAAUAAUAAUAGAAGUUCUAUUGACAAACCACAGACUUCAUCGGGAAUAAAUCAUAUUAUAUCGGCAAAAAUACCUGACAAAGAAGAGGAUCCAGAUGGGCAUAAAGGUGUUGUUCAGUUCAUGUUGCAUGGACCUUGCGUAAUUAACAAACUAGACCAGAAAUACAUGAGAGACAACAAGUGUUCGAAACACUAUCCAAAGGCUUUCAACAUCCAGACUACGUCGAAUGUGAAUGGGAAUAAUAAUAGAAGUUCUAUUGUAAUUUUUCGUUACAUUAUUUAA